AUGUUCAUUGCACAGAACCAAAUAGUUCUACAAACAAGAAUUGCAAAAAUUGCGCCAACCUCGCAAUUGCCGUCUGAGUGUUACUUCCAAGAUUCUCGCGAAGAACAAUACUUCCGGGCUUUCUGCGACAAUACGUCGACAACUAUUUCUGGCGGGUUUGAGAGCCCACUAUGGAAGACGCUGAUCCUGCAAGCCUGCCGUAAUGAACCUACCAUCCUCAGAUUUGCGGUUGCAAUAUCUGCAUUAGACCAAGCCUGCAAAGAAAAGGACCAUGACUGUAUGUCUCGCAAGCCAGAGGAGCACCAUCAAUACGCGCUCCUGAAGUACGGUAACGCGUUGAAAGGGGUCCAGAAAGUCAUAUCCACCCGCAAGAAUCCUCUGAGAAUUGCACUAAUUGCAUCACUCCUGAUAUUCUGCUUUGAGAACUUUCACGGAGAUAUCCAAAACGCCAUCACCAACAUUAAGAGCGCUGUAGAAUUUAUGUACAGCUGGCUCGAGAAGCAGGCCCACAAUUCGAAAUUUAAAGCAUUCUCACCAGCUCCCAUCCUGGUUGAAGAUGAGCUUGUGAUUACAUUCUUUCGUCUCGCGAGAUACAUGAUACUCUUCCAAGGCCGCCUCGAAGAUAAAUACCCAAAGGCAAAGAACUCACUGGAUCCAUUUGGGCAAGCUUUACCCAACCAACGACACAUUACUAAUGCCGCUGAAAGCUCAGUGUUCUCAAUUCCUUAUGUCUUCAAAAACAUUGUAGAAGCGAAAUCGUACUGGGAUCCUCUUUUGGAAUAUAACGAACCGUGA